CGGACACGACGUGUUGGCUCAGAGUUUCUGUUUUGAUUGACAAUUCAGAUCGUCCAAUUACAUCGUCCAGAACGAUUAUUUUGAGACUCUUCCCCCAAUCAGGUGCAGUCCUGAGGCGGGGUCCUUUAGGCACAUUUGUUGUCAAGGGUGACGCAAGCGUUCAUUCAUUUUCACUGAAAGGAGAGAGAGAGCGAACGAGAGAGAGCGAACGAGAGAGAGCGAACAGAGAGAGAGCGAACGAGAGAGAGUGAGUCAACGGGACAACUUGCUGUAGUGGAGUAGACUUCACUUGUUUCAGAGCUUUUGAGAAAAUAAUUGCAGAAACACGGUGAAAAGAUUGAUCUGAAGGAUCUAGUGCUCUUCCACAUAUUCCAAGAGAGGAGACUUUGUGAUGGGGAAAGGAAACAGUAAGCUGGCACCAGAGGUCCUGGAUGACCUCACCAAGAGUACUGAGUUCAACGAGGCUGAGCUCAAGCAGUGGUACAAAGGCUUCCUCAAAGACUGUCCCUCUGGUAUACUGAACCUAGAGGAGUUCCAACAGUUAUAUGUCAAGUUCUUUCCGUACGGCGACGCGUCUAAGUUCGCCCAGCACGCCUUCCGGACCUUCGAUAAGAACGGGGACGGGACCAUCGACUUCCGGGAGUUUAUCUGUGCCCUGUCAAUCACCUCGAGGGGGAGCUUUGAGCAGAAACUCAACUGGGCCUUCAACAUGUACGACUUAGACGGAGACGGCAAGAUCACACGCAUGGAGAUGCUGGAGAUCAUAGAGGCGAUCUACAAGAUGGUUGGCACUGUGAUAAUGAUGCGUAUGAACGAGGACGGGCUGACUCCCCAGCAGCGCGUGGAUAAGAUCUUCUCCAAGAUGGAUAAAGAUCACAACGAUGAGAUCACGCUGGACGAGUUCAAAGAGGCAGCCAAGAGUGAUCCCUCCAUCGUCCUACUGCUACAGUGUGACAUGCAGAAAUAGAGGA